AUGACGCAACUACUGUCGACCGUUUUUGGAGAGCUGGGCCUUGCCCAGUACUUGGAUGCGUUCCUCGAGCAAGGGUUUGACACAUGGGAAACCAUUUUGGAUAUUACCGAGUCCGAUCUCGACACGUUAGGAGUAAAGUUGGGUCAUAGAAGGAAACUUCAAAGACGGAUUGCGAAUACAAGGGGCAUUGCGCCGGAUGCUUCUCUCGUCUCGCCCACCCAGCCAAGCAUUGAAGAACUGAGACUUCAAGACGCGCAGAGGCCGGAUGCCUCCAGGCAAGAUGCCCGGGACGCAGGUGUCCUUGUGGUCACCAAACGGAAAUACCGUCGUCAUCCCAAGCCUGACGAAAAUGCGCCAGAGCGGCCGCCCUCGGCUUACGUGCUCUUCUCAAACAAGAUGCGCGAGGAGCUGAAGGGUCGAAAUUUAUCAUUUACCGAGAUCGCCAAACUUGUUGGCGAGAACUGGCAAAGCCUCAAUGCUUCUGAAAAGGAGCCCUAUGAGUCCCAAGCGCAGGCGAUCAAGGAGAAGUACCUAAGCGAUCUUGCCGAGUACAAAAAAACUCCCGAGUACAAGAAGUACAUGCUGUACCUGCAAGAAUUCAAAGCCAAGCAUGGCUCUCCCCCUCAAGGUAUGUUGCGUUCCAACCGCACGAGCCCCCCAAGGACUGGUCAACAUCGCUCCAGCAGAAGCGGCAGCCAAGAGGACAGCCGCAGAAGCAGCGAACCCCCAGCAAGCCGGGGACAGAGGCUUGGAUCAGUCGUGUCGAUGAGCGAAUCUCAGUACUCGACUGCCACAACCCCUGGAGCUUCUCACGCCUCGCCAGGAGACGAGCCGAUACACUCGCCCACGAUCAGCAAAACCGAGCGCCACGAACGAUCCCCCGCGCUCAACUCGAUGGAGGCACCGAGUCAACGAACCCAACAUUGGAGGGACGAGCCACCCAACAUCCAGAGGCACCUCCCAUCCUUGUCGGACGUUUUCGAAGGUCAGAGAUUUCCAGGUGGAAUGCACUCGGUCGAGAUGAAUGGGUAUCGGUUCCCGCGCGAGCCUCUACCAAGCCCAAACGGCCACCCAGGCCGCAUCGAGGGUGGCGAUAGCCGGCCACCAACCCUCAAGAGCGAGCAGUCGACGUCUGGGAGCACAUCCUCGGGCUCGCCUUUUGGCCAGCCAAGAACGCCAGUCGAUGGCCAGCUGCCAAUACACGCGCUGCUGACAUCGAAACCAGACCAUUUCGAUCUCAGCCAGCAGCAACACCAACAGUACCCCCUACAGCAACGACCGCCACAUAUCUUUCAGGGUGGCCCAUACCCCAGUGGUGCCGGUAUUUUGCCAGCAAUUAAUGGUGCGCCUCCCAUCCAUCCAAAGAUCGGAAAAAUACUGACAUGGAUGCCAAUGCCAAAGGUUAUGCCAGGCCCGUCCUUUCGCAACCGCCAGUAA